AUGAUCACAAGCGCUCCUUCCUUACCAACCUUAACAACACCGAGAAAGGAAAAACAUUCGUUAAAGAUCACGAAGGAGGAUCAUGAGGAAUCAUCAUCCUUGGAAGAUCGGAUCCAUAACAUUGAGGAUUCAAAGAAUAGCAAUACAUCACAUUGCAGAUCGGUUCAGACAGAUAUCACUGAUCCCGAAGAUCCUCUAUUCGGGAAAGGCUCUCCUUUGUAUUCUCCCUUAUUGUACUCGAACAGGAUUCCAUUAACCUCUGAGGGAAUGAAUGAGAAUACCCUGUCAAUUCAAUCACCCUUCAAGCCUUUUCAGUUUGAGGAAACGAAUGCGAGGUCGAGUAAUGAGGUACAUUCCCGCCAAUAUUCUACAACGCAAUCACCUGCAGAAUUGAACAUUUCACCACCAAAAGAAAAUCCCAUAGUUAAAACAAUGAAUGAAGAAACAAACGAUGUGAUGGUGUCACAAUACAAUCCCUCUGAACACCUGAAUUUUUUGAACUAUAAUGAUGUUAACCAUGAAAAUGAAAAAGGAGAGGACACAUUCGAUUUAAAAUCAUAUUUGGAAAAGUAUGGAGUGGGCAGUGUGGACAUGAACGAUGAUGAUCAUGACGAUCACCAUCAAUCUUAUAGUCAUGACGACGAAAUUUAUGAGGAUGACGAAGAAACUCAAAAUGCUUUGAACUUUGGAAGCACUUUUGGAUACAUUUCUAAAAACAAAGAAGAAAAUGACGGCACAGUUGAUGAGGAAGAGCAUGAAUACACUCAUGAAAAUGAAGAAGAAACACACCAAGACUAUGAUCAUACGGAGCAAGCAACAGAAGAAAAUAAUCACAACUAUCAAUAUGAUGAAGAAGAGCAACAAAAUACAAACAAUCUCGAUGACGAAGAAAAUAGUCUUGAAUCUGCACAAGACGACAAUUCCGAAUCGGAAGAGGAUGCUCCUCAGCAACAAGAGCGAAGUUUUGUUCUCUACAUGCCAAAAACGUUAACUCCAAAAUCUCAAUCGAGAGAAAAUAACCACUCCUCCAUUGUCAUCAAGUCUCCAACUGGCUCUCAAAAUCAAUCAAAUAGUAGUUCCAUUGAAAAAAGAGAUGUUCACUCACCAGUUUCCACAAAUUUGCAUGUACAGGAGAAGGCAAUUUCAAAGAACUACACAAAGAACGUUCAACAAAGAGAAGACACAAAACGCGACAACAGACAAUCAGUAACAAUUAAGGAAGAGAAAAACGAACCGCCAGAGAACGAUGACGAUAGCUCCAAGCCCAAAUUUUCAAUGCUUAAAAGAAAUUCUCGAUGGGGCUCUUUGCUGAGUAAGAUCUCAAAGCCUGGAACGUACGUCCCACCCACCAACAAGCACAGCAAAGCUGCUGUUUUAUCAAAAACCGCAAAAAAACAGCAACAGCAAGAGGAAUCAACCGAACUCAACCAAGAAUCCUCACAUCCACCUAAAAAACAAACAACGAAUUCUCAAAAAAAGCCACCAACUCCAGAAAUUUCAUCUCAAAAGUCAACAACAGAGGGCACUAUUAAUGUCACCACCACUUCGCAUGACACAUCCCUUCUUCCACAACCAAAACGAGCAGCUCCAGCUGUACCCAAAGCCCAACAACCAAAACAUGAAGAAGAACCACCCUCGUUGCAAAACUAUUUUUCAAGAAGAGAUCCUCCUAUUGGUGAAUUUAAUACUGUUGGAGAGUAUGGUCCAUUAGAAUUAGAACAUUCAGAUGACAACAAUGACGAAGAGGAAGAUAAUAAUGGUUGGGGAAGCUUCAUUAAUAGAAACACAGUGUACAAUCCAUACCACUACGAGCAACCAUCCAUUUCAAGCACCAAGUAUCAGUCCCCUCAUUUAAGUGGCACUACACAAACGAGAAGUCCAGUUCUUGGAGGUCAAAUACACCCUCCAUCAACAUCAUCUGUGAUCGACAAGAGAGAGUCCAUGAACUCUUUAAACUCGAAUGUGUCACCAUCGUAUCAGCAACGUACAGGUUCCAUCAUUUCUAAUUUCUUUCUUCCAAAAGUUCAAGAAGAGGAGAAGAAACGGCAAAUGAAGGAAAAAAUUGAAAAGAAGAAGGAAGAAAAGAGAAAUCGAGAAGAGGAAGAAAAAAAGCUAAAGGAAUUGGAAGAACAACUCAUAUUUUACAAGAAUGAAAAUGAAAAAACCAAACGACUCAAAGAUGAGCUUGUCGUUGAAAGACAAAAUAUGGAGUGUGAACAAUCUGAAUUUAAGAGGUACAUGGAAGAAGAGCGAGAACGCUUCGAAAAGUACAAACAACAAGAGUUGCAGAAAAUCAAUCGAGAAAAAAGAAUACUUGAGAGACAAUUGAAAGAACAUCAACAAUCUCUCUCCAGAAAGGAACAUGAAAAGGAAGUGAAUGAGCUUAAAGAAAGGUUGGAAAAACUUUUAUUAGAAAAGAAGAAUGAGAGCACCAAAUAUAAAUCAACGAUACAGGCCUUAAAGACUCGAAAUGAACAACUCACAGAAAGAAUUGUAGAGCUUGAAGAAAUUUUAAAAAAGCGAGAGCUUGAAAGAAUUGACAAUGUGUUUGUGAACAAGAAAAAGCAAGUGUCACAAGAAUCUUCGUCUCAGCAGGUUGUGACCUUGAGUCCACAAAUGAACAAUCAACCACAUCAGCAACAACCUUCGAUCACCAACAACAAAAGGCCAACCACAGAUCCCUCAACAAACAACAACAGCAACAGCACACAACAGGUUAAUUCGCUCAUGUCAUCACAACAAGCUCAGCAUCAUGCAUCUCCUGUUAUGAAUGAUUCACGCACCAAUGCAAAGCCCAAGACAGCAUCACUCUCGAAUGCAUCAAAGAAAACGCAAUCAUCUUCAUCCUUUUCAAACACAGCACCAUAUUCAAAGGAUCACAAAUUAGCUCUUCUUAAACGAACGUACAAGGUUUCUGAUCAAGAGUUUGUAGAUGGAGAAAUUGUGUGGGAGCCUUUACGUAUUUCUACUGACUCUGUCACAAGUAAGGUAGAUAUGGGAAAUGGAAAAAUUGAGAUUAAGUACAAAAGCGGACGAAGAGAUAUCCAGUUUUCGAAUGGAACCACCAAAAAGUUGUAUCCCGACAAGUCAUGUCUCGUAUUCUUCAACAAUGGAGACAUUAAGAAAACAUUUGAAGAUGGUGUAGUGGUGUAUUAUUAUGAUUCACUCCAAACGACACACAUCUCUUAUCCCAAUGGAUUGGAAAUGUACAAAUUCCCAAACACUCAAAUUGAACGACAUUUCCCUUCGGGCGAGAAGGAAAUUGUUUUCCCUGACAAGACUGUAAAAUUUGUGGACAGCAAUGGCUCGGAAGAAAUUUGGUUUUCCGACGGCACGUACACACAAACAUUUCAUUAA